AUGAGCUCGAGCUCGGUGCGCGUUAAGCUGCUGUUCUUUGCCAAAUCCCGCGAACUAGCAGGAAAAUCGAAUGUGGAGGAUUUCCUCGUGCCGCAGGCUGAGAUCAGGUGCUCCGAGCUUCUUGAUCUGAUAUGCGCUCAGUUCAACCUUUCUAUCAUUCGCCACAAUCUCAUACUAGCGCACAACGAGCAGUAUUGCGACGAUCUGAGUGAAACCAUCCGCAUACAUAACGGUGACGAACUGGCCGUAAUUCCUCCAAUAUCCGGCGGAUAA